UUAUUCUCAUUUAGUAAUUUUUUUUAUUUAUUUCUCACCUUAGCUUCAACACAUUAUAUAUUAUUAUACCCCCAUUCUUUCCUUUUGUUUAAAAAAAAAAAUGGAUGACAACAAGACUAAUAAACGUAAUAGCAUGUUAGCUUAUAUACCUAUUCAUCGUCGUAAUGAAGAAGAUGAUAAUAGACGUGCUACUACAAAUAAAUAUCGUUCAUCUAUGAAUCAAGAUGUUAUAUUACAACCUGAGGCAACUGUUUCCUCUGGUUCUACGAAACGUGCUUCCUUUAUACAUCGUCGUCCCAUGUCUUCAAAUAAUAGAUAUAAUCGUCAUAGUUUCUUUGGUGAUGAUGGAAACGAUUAUGAUAAGAAUACAACCUUUGAAGAUGGUAAUGAACAAGUAGAAGACUGGGAAAGUAUUCUUAAACAAUAUGACAGAUAUAGUAUGACUGAGGAUGAUAAAAGGAAAAGUAAAAGAGCCAGUCGUCUCUUUGAAUCCUUUCAAGAUUCACCAGUUGAAGUUCCUCCUGCUGAAGAGCCUACCGUUAUAUUGGAUUGUUAUGACUUUCCUCCUGCCUUCAAGACACAUCAUUUACAUGAUAUCUUUAGAAGCUAUGAAAGUAGUCGAGGAGGAUAUAAAAUUAAAUGGUUAUCUGAUACUCGUGCCUUGAUCAUCUUUGACCAUCCUGCCACAGCUAAAAAGGCUUAUAUUGAUAAUGUCACACAUGCUUUAGCUAAAAUACGUCCUUAUGAUGGCCCUACUGAUUUUUUAAAGGAGAAUAAUAUAAAUCAGCAGCAAAAGCCUACAAACAAUAAUAGACCUAUGUCGAUGGAUAUAAAAAGACAAUCAUUUAACAACAAUAGAACAUCCAAUAGGAAUUCAAUGAGAAUUGAUGAUGCCGCUGUUAUAACGAAUAAAAGAUUGAGUUCUGUAUUCAAUUAAAAACACGUAUAUAAAAUAAAAUAAUAAAAUAUGCAUAUUGAUGUUCUUUAUAAAAUAACGAAUGAUUUUAUUUGUCAAACUGAAUCAAGUUCAUUUGCUUGUAGGGAAAAGGAUGAUGCAUAUUAGUUACAUGGAAAACUAAAAGUACAAAUAGCUUAAAGAUUCAUAAUUGCAGUUCCAAGGUUAUAGAUUAAAUAGAAAAAAAUCUUUCCGUUGACAAGAAGUAACUUUCAUGCAAGCUUCGAAAAUUGUUAUUAGUAAUAGAGA